UCCCCUCAGAAAGAGAGAGAGGGAAGGCGAGCGAAGGAGGCACAGAGCUCGAAUCCGGAGCUCCCCCGAGUGCGGCAGCGGGCGACGGGACGAAACCGGGGCUGCGGGUAGACCCUGGGAAAAGCCCACGGUCGGGUUAGUGCUGGCUGUGGUGGAGCAGCAGAGCACACCGUGGUGCGACCGCGAUCGAUUCAACGGAAACGAAGGACAACAAACGACCGGCCGCUGAGCGGGAGGACGACGACCAGCGCGGAAGCGGCGACGCUCUAGCAGCGGCCUCGACAUGGCACGGGCGGCGGACGAACAGAAGGUCAGCCUGGACGCCCGAGGAGUGCUCAUCAUGGUGGUCGCCCUGGGAGGAAUCAUCGGCCUCUGGGUGAACGAGUUCAUGGUGUCGGAGGACAACAUUCCCGCGGGCUUCGUGUACCAGCCGCCCAAGCGUGGCAAGGCGGUGGAGCCCGUGGUGCGCGAGCCCCCACGGCCAGUCCUGCUAACGGUGGAGGACUGCGGCAAGCUGGCGCUCGAGGCCGUCCGAGAGUAUGUCGAACGACACCCCAUCGAGAGGGACGACUCAGCAGAGAUAACCCGAGAAGAGCCUGAGGACAAGGCUGCCAGUGACGAGGAGCCACCCGUGCUGGAUGAAUUCCGCAGCAGAGCCAAGGCUCGAGACGAGGACGCCGGAGCAGCUGGUUCUUCAGAGGAAAUGCAUGACGAGGAACCGCCCAAGAAGCAGGUCGUCGAAAGCGAGGAGGAGGCCGACGAGGAAGAAGGCGAAUCAGCAGGCCAGGAAACGGAAGAGGAAGAGAGCGCUGAGGCUGAAGUACAUGGGGAGGAGGAGGAAGAGGAGGAAGGUGAAGAGAGUGGCGAGGAAGCAGUGUCAGAGGAGGAGGAGGAGGCUGCAUCUGAGGAGGAAGAGGAGGAAGAAGAGGGCAGCGAGGAAGUGGAAGAGGAGGAGGAAGCAGGUGCGCUGGAGGAAUCCGAGGAACAAGCAGAAGUGGAAAGGACCCGCACUGGGCCCCGGUCACGCAAGCACAUCGCUGACGUACUCGGCUUUGCUGAGAUUGGAACCGAGGAGGACAGGGAGGAAGAGGCACUCAUCGAGUCCAUCCUCAAGGAACUGAAGAAGCUUUCCGUGACCGCCAUUGAGCCAAUGGAGAAGCUCUACAAAUUCAAGGACAUCAGCACCAGGCUGCUUGGAGAUGCUGAAAUAUUCAACAAGCCUAUGGCGCUUUUCCUUGGGCCCUGGAGCGCUGGCAAGAGCAGCAUCAUAAACUACCUGCUGGGCACUGAGCAUACCAAGGCAGGCCUCAAAACAGGUCCGCAGCCGUCCGACAUUGAUUUCACCAUCAUUCACUACGCCGACAAGCUUCAGCGACUCAGCGGCACUGAAAUGGCUGCACACUGGGCCUUCUCAAGCGUCCAAAAGUUUGGCCAAGGGUUCCUGGAUCAUUUCAAAGGGAUCGGCCUGCCUCACCCACUGCUGCAAAAGGUGACCAUCGUGGACACACCUGGUAUUCUUGACAAGCGCAAAAUAGAGAACUACCCUUUCAACGAUGCCUUCCAAUGGUUCAUCGAUCGUGCCGAUGCCAUAUAUGUUGUGUUUGACCCGAGCAAGCUUGAAAUAGGGGAAGAAAUGGCAACUCUCCUAGACCAGCUGAAAGGUCGCGAAGGCCAGAUCCGCUUCAUUCUCAACAAGGCGGACUUCAUUCAGCCUCACGACAUCAUGCGCGUCACUGGACAGCUCUUGUGGAAUGUCUCUCCACUCCUGGGGAGCAGUGAUGCGCCAAUCAUCCAUGUUGUGUCCAUGACUUCGAGGCCUUUCCACACUGGCACCCCUGCAGAGUUCUUCGAGGAGCAAGAACUGGCCUUGCUUGAGCAUUUGCGCGAAAUAAUGGACGAGCGUGUAGAGAACACCAUUUCUUUUGCCCGCAGACAUGCCGUACGGGUGCGCAACCAUGCAAAGCUUGUUGACUGCUUUCUGAGCACAUUCUACAAGCAGAAGGGAAUGUUUGGAAGCAAAAAGAAAGUAGCGGAACAGAUUGCCAAAGACCCAAACAAGUACCACAUAUUCGAAGGGCUCAGCAGACUGAGCAACGUCAGUCGCUACGACCUUCCAGACCCCCAACUUUACUACAAGUUCUUCAAGCUGAACCCCAUGUAUGACUUCAAGGCCCUCACUGCCACCUGCACCUACUUCAAAGGAUGCCCCCUCGACAAGCUGGACAUUACAAUUGCCUAUGACUUGCCACAGCUAUUGGGCAAGUACAAUGACCAAACAAAACUGAAGAAGGACCAUGACAAGUCCAUGGCAGGACAUGCUCCGGUGCCACUACCAACUGGGCAGCAACACAGCUGAGGUGCCAGAGCGUGAGCACCCAGAUCUCUCACCUUGGACAUGGUGACCAUGCUAAGCUGCAGUCUCUGCAUCUAGAAUAUUGCUUCCUGCCAGAAACAGUGCCUGCUACCUGCCAACAGCAGCCUUAACAAAGCUUUGAUUCAGGAGAUCCUGAAAGAUCAACACACAUGCAGUCAGCUCCAUCAUGUGUAGCACAGGAAAAAUUCGCUAGAUGCGGUCUCUGCAGCUUUGUGAAUCACAGCACUGCUAUCGGUCUUCAGUUUGUGGCACGAGAGAACUCAUGAAUUUGACUGGUUAUGACUUCCGCUUUUUCUCACCUAUUUGUAACCUAAGAAAAUCAAUAGUACUUUUGAAUUGUUAGGCCCAACUUCAAGAACAAAAAAUCUGAUAGCACUGUUACACAUUUGGUUAUCUUUUUCAAAUAGUAUAGAUCUGACACAAUUAAGACCUCCCUUAGAUCGAGUGCAAUCAACUUAUGCAAAUAAAUCACAAUGUAAAUUCUAUUUGAAGUUAAAGAAAAAAACAAUACUUCGAUUAGACUGGUGCAAUGAAGACAAUCUCAAAUACGAAAAGUCUCGUUACUUUCAGUGUUUCUUCACCUAAUCAGAGGACACAAACUAAUAGGUGCCUCCAUGCAUCACUUCAUACAGUAGUUAAAUAGUAACAUUACUUAAAUGCUGUCGUUCGAUAACAACAUUUUACUGUUCCUUCUCAUAACUGGCUUUGUUUAAAACAUUCAGUAGCAGAUAUUGUUCUCAUUUAUAUAAUAAAUAUAUAUGGCCUCCAUAUGCAAAACAAAAGGCAAUCCACAUCCUGCCCACAAGUCAAAUGUAUUUUGAUAACUAAUGGCACAAACCAGCAGGCAAAACAGGAUGUUUCACAACAUAAAGCAAAUUAAUAGUCUUAGCAAUGUGCAACAGCUGGGUGUCAGCAGUGCUGGGACUUUGCGGAUGGCUUCAAAAGUGCGCUUGGGAGGUCUACGCCAAACAGAACAACACUAUUCUCACCAGCACAUAAGUGCUCAAAUGCUCACGGCACAGCUGGGGUGGCAGAAUGUCACAAAGCUGCUGUUCUGAGCAUGUAUCUGGAGAUUCCUGUGUCAAGAACACAUUCCCUACAGGCUAAGCAGUGUGUUCCUCACAACAAAGAAUAUGGUGAAUUACAUGAAUUCCGUUAUCAAUCAGGUGAAAAAAGUUUAAAAACUUGGCAAACAGUCACUGCAUGCUAGCUAAAUAUGCCUGUUUCCCUGAUUCUCACAAAUUUUCCAACUUCAUAGUAUUUAUAUGAGUGCACAGUCUGCUCUCUCUUUUCUGAAUUUAAAGCACACUAAAUAUCUCAGGGUUUCCUUCCUAGCUAAAACUGCGCAGGAAAAUAAUUAGUAUCAGGUAGUGCAGCAAACAGAUAAAUCAUCUAACCCUGUUGAAUGACUAUACUUUACUGAUCUUUAGGCUUGUCCAACCCAAGAAAAGCUGCCAUAAGAACGGUUCCAGCUUUACCCCCAAAAGCAAACGUUACAGAUUAGCUGUUCUAGUCUGGAUCUGUGAUAUACGAAUAUGGCUAAGCUGUCGGGGGGAAUUGUCUUUUUUUUUUUUUUUCAGGGCAAUAAAAAUGUCCUUUACAAGCCUUCAAA